GGCGUGCAGAUCACAUAUAUUCCGAGAAAGUGGCUUAGGCAUUUACCGAAUGGUCAAUUUAUAAAUUGCAUUUAUGAAUUUAUACGCGCCAAUAUACAUUAUUCACAGCUACAUAUAUAUAACGGUGUCUGGGUACAUACUCAUUGUGUCGGAUGACGCGUGCUGUGUAUGAAGAAGUUUGUGUUUAAGCUUACAAGUGAGUUGAACACGAAAUAAGUUAAGCAAUAAAACGCGGUGGGAGCUUUUGCUGCAUAAACCACAAUUGCCAGUGAAAAAAUACUUGUGUUAUUGUUAUUGUUCGUUAUUUCCUUUAAUUUUCACCAACGCAUUUUCGAAGCGCUGCUGUACAGCAUUGAGAUGUACAAUGUGCGACAAAAACUGCAAAUACAACACAAACAAAACCAGACGGUGCACCAACGGUGGCAAGAGCAACAACACCAUCAGCAGCUGCACAUGGAUGUUUAAUCUUGUGGCGGUUGCCUUAUUAAUCCAACAUGUCGCCUGCGCUGCAACAGCUAUCGAGGCGACAACACCGGCAACACGGGCGUUGUCAAAGGCGCUCACCGAUUCCCUACCAUCCGCAUUUGUACCCACAGCCCAGCUGUUGAGGCGCCAUGGCGAUAACGGUAGCAGUAGCAGCAACAAAAACUCACCCACACAGGCUGAUUCCGGGAGCCGCGCUACGAGCCGCCACCUCAGCGCCAUUGAGUCCAACGUCGGCGGUGUCAGCAGUAUCGUUGCCGGCGACGAUGGUGUGGAUUUCGCUGCCUAUGCAAAUGAUUUCAAUAUGCAAGCUGAAGCUGCUAUACCCGAGGAUAUUUUGGACCAACAACACAUACAAGAUGUCGAUGCCACUGAUGCGGACAGUAUGCAAUAUGUUGGAGAUGGCGAUGGCGAUGGUGAUGGCGAUGAGGCUGUUGAACCCGAAGCUGAUAUUAUACUUGCAGCGCAAAAAUUCAGCACUUCAGAAAGCAGUCGUGAGAAAGAAGAAUAUUACGAGCAUAACAACAACAAUGGAGACAAUAAAAACAAAGGCAGCAACAACAAAAGCGCACAGCUAAGGAAAACUGUAAGAAAGCGAAACAACAAAUUGAAAAACAAUGCAGACAACAGCAAUAACAACAAUAACAAAAAUGAUGACAGAAAAUAUGACAGUGACAACACAGCUGUCUACAAUGAUGAUGCUUCCAUGGACGAAGCGGAUGCGUCGGACAUCACGGCUGAGGAGCCAUUGGCGCUGCCCAGCGUGACCGAAGCAAGGCAAAGUUUUGUAUUGACGCGACAUCCAAGAGGACAACAAAAUCACAAAUUAAUAGCAGCAGAGGACGCACAAAGUUAUGAAGAGCAGAGCCGAGACGUGACCGCGCGGCAUCAGCAAUUUAUUGAAAACUUAGUUGCAGAAAAAUUUAAUAAAGCAACGGCACAAACGGUAAACAAUGAUGACAAAGCGAACGACAACAUGCACAGCAACAAUAACAACUUAACGAAAAAUGCUGGCAUAAAUGGCUCUGCUGUUGACGAGCAAAGCGAAAGCAUCCAGAACACUGCUAUAAAUAAAGGCAACAAUAUGAGUAAACAAGUAAACAAUAAAUCAGAAAUGGAGUACACGGACGAUAAUCAACCGGAGGAAACGGCGAUCGGCGAUAUCGAGGACAAGUUUCGUAAUGAAGAAGAUGCCGCCGGGCAGCAACAACAGCAGCACUUGCAAAGGGAGCUGCACGGCCAUCAAACGGCUUCGAUUGCCAAGCAAAGCCGAGAGGGCAGGGCAGAAGCGAGGCUAGCGUCUAUGAGCGGCAUGCAUGUAGAAGAAGAUCAUCGACAAAUUAAAAAAUUCAAGCGCAAUGAAAGAGCCAGCAGCAGCAGUGCCAACGACCAUGCUAACAAAAACAAUAAAAAUGGCAACCAUGACAACAACAACAGUCACUCGUAUAAACGCCAUCACCACGGCGAACUCGCUCACAUCGAAGGCGAAUAUGAGGCAGGCACGUUCACGCAAAUGUCGGACGCAGAGAAAGUUGAAACGUCUGAAAACCAACCCAGGCAUGUGCAACAACUACAAAAACUUCCGCAGCACGUUGAAGUUGCUGACAGCGCUGGUGCGGUGGCAGAGCCACAAGCCGAUUACUCAAUAACCUAUUUUGGCAUCUUAACAAACAGCUCGAAGAAGCGCGAAACGGCGUUCGCCGAGGAGCAAGCAGAUGCGGAUGAGCUCGAGAACACCGUUAGAAACUCGGCCAAAACAGCAGACAUUGUUGCAAAAACUGCUGACAACGACGAUGCGGCCGAACUUGGUGCUGUGCAUGCAACACGAAAUCAGUUGCAACAACAACAACAACAACAAUCGCUAACGGGUAAAGUGGCCGAUGCUGGCGAGCUUCAUGCAGCACACUCCUCGUCCUUUGAGCGCUACAAGGCGCAACGUCGGAACAGUCGGCGCUACGGACAUAAAAUGUACAAGAAAAAAUAUAAGGAUUACCUGCGUCAUGCAACGAUAGCCUCCUUGACAGCUAAAGCAAUGACAACAGCAAUUGACGCAGCAACAAUAACAGCAGCGCCGCACAUGUCGACAGGAUUGCCGCCUAUGGGAAAUGCAUUUGAAAUGAGUGCUAAGCACACACUCAACUCGACACAGGCGAAGUUGACAAAUGACAACUACACCGAUUACUAUCGGGAACAACAACAAACAAGAGAGAAUAUUGCUAACGCUAGAGAGCAAAAACAUGCAGAAACGUUAAGAAAAUAUGCAAGGAAAAUUGAAGCGGAAAAAUCACGUGGAUUACCAGCAUCACCAAUAUUUGUUGUAGGCAAUCAGAGCGCUGGUAAGUUGGCUACAAGCAGAGCGAACAGCGAACGGUCCACAGGUGGAGACACAAAACAUUUCUACGAAGGGCAGGUAAACUAUUACUUAGAGACGGCGGACGACGAGGGUAUGCAGACUAAAGCAGCGUCGAUGAAAAGCUACAAGCCAACUGGCGUCGAAGGAGAGGGUACGACUAUUACUGAGGUAGCGCUGUCUAGAGAAGACGAAGAGCGUUUGCGUGCGCACGAACUCAGCAUGGAGCACAUGAUAGCAGCGGACAAUAAUAACUGGUACCGACGUGUAAGCCCGGUGCUACGUAAUGGCAUUAAAGUCUACGGCAACGAAGACAAAGUGCAGCGCGAGAAAGCAGCCAGCCAACUACCGCAUGUGCAGGAGCAACAGCAUCAUCAACACCUGCAGCGACAACACGCCGCAAAACAACAUCAACAUUAUCACACACACCACGGAAAACAUUGGAGUCAUCAUCAUCGACUGCACACGCCACCAUAUCAGCAUCGACAACAACACCACGACUCCCAUCAACAUAGAGGUGGCAGCGGUAAUCAUCACAAGCAUCAUCAAAAUAGUAAACAUUAUCAAUCAAGCGACAGACAGCUCCAGCAACAACAUCCAACAGAUUCCAAAGAACGAAAACUACAUGAUCCACCCUCACCACACGCCGCAGACACACAGGCGGCAGUGGAGUUGGGCAUGGUGCAGACACCGAUACCGCCACCCUCGUAUACAAAACAACAUCUAAAGCAAACUGAGCACGAGAGGGUGGAACAGGGAACGCUUCAACUGGGCCAUCAAAUCACAGAAUUGGAGGAGUUGGAACGCUACUAUGCCAAGUGGCCCCACUUGGCACGCGUACAGUUUCAGUUGUACGAUGAACACUUCCGCGAGGACCACCCUGAACUUUAUCCCGAACUAAAGGUCGGCGCUAGCGACUUGGCUGAUGCUGCAGAAGACUACGACGAUGAUUAUGAGAGCGCUGCCGAGUUGGAGGAAGCACAGAAUAGUCAUGAUGAAGACGCAAACUUGCCGCCAUACAUUAAGAAGUACAACAGACGCAAUAAGCAAUUGCUGAAUUUGCUUGAAGGCACUCUGCCGCCACCGACGCGUCUUCCACCUACUUUGGGGCGCAGUUGGUCUAGUUCGGUACUGCAGCCGGGACCGCAUGCAAGCAGUCGAAGCGCAGGCGGUAGCAGUACUGCGGGUAGAAUACGCAUCGAUGACGACUACCUAAAGGAGAAACGCAAGCGCUAUCAUAAUCGUGAUAUCAGCAGCGCUGACAGUAGCAGCAUUAGUGCAAGUAACAACAAUAACCGCAAGGAGGACCGACAUCACUAUCAAGAUUUAUUUGCACAGCAACGACUGACGCAAAUUGCUACUACCCAGACGACAGGGGAAACAACAGGUGUGUUGACAAAAUCUGAGGCAAUCUCCGCCAACCCAGAUGUGAGCGGCAAGUCAGAUGUAAUCAGCACCUACAAAACGGCAGCACAAUCAGACAACAAGCUGCCAGACGAGGAUGUCAGCAUUUCAGCCGACACAGACCUCGACGCUUAUGCUGCCGACGAUGGCGACAUUGACUUUUGGCAAAAGGAAAUCGAAAAUAAAUCGAAUGCAAACGAAUUGGCAGGAAGCGCACAAAUGAGAUGGCAAAUCGAAAAAUUAACAACACCCAACCCCGCGCACGCUGCCACAGUGUCGAGCGCACCAAAAGCAGCAAUUUUUCGUUUGCCCUCAUAUCCGGCCAUCGCUGGCAAUUUCAUCGGCAAGCCACGCAGUCGUAGCGCGCAAUUCGCACCGAGCGGCGGCAGUCGUGGCAAACUAGCGUUUUUAGCGCCAGCCAGUAGUGAGCUCAAUGGUAACAGAUGGGGCAAUAUAUAUGGCCUAGGCGGUGAAAAUGGUACAAGUGCUGCUGGUAAUGUUGGAGUCAAUGGUCUUGGCACACGCGGCAGUUACCACAAAUCGUUGUCACGUUUCAGCGCUUACAAACCGAGUGUUUAUAAAACGUUAACCGCUGCAGCAGCAGCCGCUUCAACCACGACGACGACUCCCAGAGCCAACGGUGAUGAUGGCAUGAAUGGUGACGACUCGGCAGCCACAACAACUACUGCGGUUGCGGCAACGCCGAGUGGCUUUGGUAGUGAUGACGCUGAUGGCGUAGAGGGGGGAGUGGCUAAUGCCGUUAUGGGACGUACUAUUAGCUCGUUUGUCUACCACCGUGUGAUUGAUGCGUCACCGCGACAAGUGGGUACCGGUAAUACGGGACGCAAGCAACGAUUGCCAUUUGUGGCUAUCACUGAUCGUCGGCUGGAGACCACAAAGAAGGCGCAGCUGGAACGACAGAAAGAUUUCGAACAAAAUCACUACCCAAUGCCUUAAAUUCACUGCACUUCAAUGACUGCGGCAGCGAAAGAGACGUGGACGGAGACGACCCGGACAAGCAGCACAAAACAAACAAACACUCACACCAGGACCGAAACGCAAACGAUAAUAAAAAAUGUUGACCAAGACGUUAAUGAAGAUGGAGAUGUAGAAAGUAAAAAAGAAGAAAACGAAAAUCGAAAAUCGAAAACAGUAAAUAGUAUUAACAGAAGUUUAAGACAGGUGAGGAGUAAGUAAAGCUUACAGUGUUAAGCCAUAUCUGAACGAAACAAGCGCAACACCAUUGCACCACCGCUACAUACGCUGGCAGAGCAAGGCAAAUGCCACCAAAGCAAACGGCUUGCGCAACUCCACGCACACACACAGCUGCAACAGAGCAUUUAAACUAUUUUCUUUUUUAAAUUUUGUUAAAUAGAUUUCUCUUUCGCUUUUAUUCCAACUAUUCAAAAAGUAUUCUUUGUUUAAUCGAAACAAUAAUUGUUGCAGCUGCCUCAAAAGGACACGAACGCUCUGUAGUAAGCACUGACUAACGGCACGUUCUUUUGACCUUUUCUUUUUGCUACACUUCGUGUUUUUCUUGUUUUCCAAUUCCUGGCGUUUGACUUUCAAAAUUAGACUACAAACAUAACAAUAUAAUUAGCUCUUAAAUUAUUUGCUAGCAUAAAAUAUAUACAUAAAUACAUAUUUUACUACAUAUCAAUACUCGUACAUUCUGUGGGUAUAGCAGUCGUAUAAUCAUUUUAAAUUUUACAUAAAACAAACACAAAAUCAACACAAUGUUACACUAAUAUAUGCAAGGACGCUGCAAGCAACAUGCUCAAAUGAAAUAUCGUUAGAUCAAAAUUAAAAGUUAUGUGUCUCAACCUACCACGCUAAAUCAGUCAGUAAAGUCUUGUUUGACAAACAGAAGUCCUUGGCUCAAAUCAGAUUUCUUUUUUUUUUGAAAAAUUGGAACGGAAGAAUAUACUUAUUAUUCAUUUCCACUACAAGACAUGGACAACUACGACUUCGAUAUAAAACAAAAUCGUAAAUGAAAUUGUUAAGCAGACUUCAAGAUGAACCUUAUAGUUUUUUAACUAAGUGGGAUAUACUAUAUUUCAAAUCAAUAUUUUCCUCUUCUUUGCUGGCGGCAGUAGUUUUUCCUUUUUGGAGAUUCCAAAUGUAGCCAGGUCCUUCUCCAUCUAGUCUUUACAACGGACUGAAUGUCUUCCUCAUCCUCUGCUUCCCCGUCGUCGCCGAAUACUCUCAGAACUUGAGUGUUUUCAUCCAUUCGGACGGCAUGCCAUAGCCAACGUAGUCUCUUAAUUCGCUGAACUUUGUCAAUGUCGUCGUACAUCUCGUUUCAUCGACUGCGGUAUUCGCCGUUGCCAAUGCGCAAAGAACCAUAAAUCUUCCGCAAAAUCUUUCUCUCGAACACUCGUAACGCCGUCUCAUCAGAUGUUGUCAUCGUCCAUGCCUCCGCACCAUAUUGCAAGACGGGAAUUAUAAGUGAUUUAUAGAAUUUGGUCUUUGUUCGUCGAGAAAGGACAUUAAUUCUCAAUUGCCUACUCAGUCCGAAGUAGCAGCUGUAGGUAAGAGUUAUUCUGCGUUGGAUUUCGAGACUCACGCUUUUGUUGGUGUUAAUGCUGGUGCCAAGAUAGACGAGGUUAUCUCGCAGUGGGUGAAAUUCUUCAGCUGCAAGGUACGCCUGUCGUAAGAGGCACCCAUAUGCACUAUGUCUGUAUUCUUGGCUUGCCUAGAAAUUUCAGCAUAGUCUUUGUUAUAGACUUUGAAUAAGAUUACUUCUAAUGAUGAAACAUUUGAAGUUCAAAUGUCAACAGUCAUUGAAUUUGUUGGGUAGCAAAAACAACAAGGUCUGACCGGAGACUUAAGUCUGGUACCACGGGGUAGAGUUAGCCCUUGGACCUCGCUCCAAUUUGCUCAUUGGGUUUGGCCCUUUGGGGAGAUUCGUGGUGGCUGUGGUUUAAACCUUAAGGCAGGUAGGAUUGAAAAAUUCAAUUAAGUGUGGAUUCGCAUUGCGGCUGGUUGCCGGACCCAUAGCAGAAGUUUUAGAUCGGCAUCGAACCUGACCAAGGUGGAAAAGGUAUAUCUUCCACCCGACCAAUUGGAACCAAAAAAUACGUGCAAAAGCAUUUAUUAUUUAUGACGCUGAUCAGCGCAUUGUAUUGACCUAUGUGCCUUUAAAAAGCACCGCGAUAUUAGGCCGUCGCUGGCAGAUACUCACGAAAUCACAACGAUUGUUAUCAACAUUGAUGUGGGAGCCAAGUCGCGAGUGCGACAAUUGUGUGUUGUAUAAAAAAAGAUAUUUCGUCUUGUUCUCUUUCACUACCAGACCCAUUUUUAUUCGCUUCUCUGUCCAACCUGGAGAAAGCAGAACUAACGGCGCGGUUGUUGAGGCCAGUGAUGUCAAUAUCAUCGGAUCUGCAGUUCGAACUAUUUUCUUUCAGGAGUGGAUUGCAGAAGUUUGGUAUCGAAUUCGAAUCUUUCACACAAUACGCUCGAUAAGACCUUAUGUGGGAGUUGAGGAGGCUUAUUCCACGGUAGUUGGCGCAGAUUGUAGGGUCUCCGUUUUUUUGUGGAUUGGGUUGAGAGUUAGCAAUUUAACUACUUUUCUCAAUACCACAAAAAAAAUUUGAAAAUAUACUGACUGAAUUCUGGACCGAAGUAGUAUUUUCACAUUGAAAAUCAAAUGAUGGUGAACUGUUAACAUACGAUUUUUAAGAUGCCCGUUCAUUGGGAUGAAAUAUGAAAUUCUUCUCAACCAGCGACCUUGCGUUCUAUAUGAAACAUGGAAGUAGCGAUAAUUUAUAUAAUCUUACAAAAUAUAUGAAAAAAUAUGGAAAAAAUUUCCAAAUAUUCCUCGUCCCCUCAUAUAAUUCCUUAGAGGAUUGAAGACACACAAAUUUUUGACAAUAUGCAAUAGGUGUCAUGAAGGACGGUAUUUAAGUGCAGACAGUUUCAUUGCUGCGAAGUCCGUGCCUUCCAUACUUUGUCCUCGGAUUCUCGUCUCGAAAGUAUGAAUAAAUUAGUAUAAUUACAGCUUUUAACUCCUUAACACUAUAUCGUCCUAAACUAUUUGGGGAAAUAUGCUGCUACAACAACAAUUUUAAUGCCCAUGCUUUUAUGAUUUUCACAAUUGCCUCACUUUCUCUUGUCACUCGACAUUUAUUUAUCUCAUAAUAAUCAUGAUAAAAUCUGAUAUUUAUUAUGAUCUGAUUAUUAGCUUGAAUAUGCCGUUAUUGAGAUUUAGAUUGACAGCUCUGUAGCAUACUUACAUACACAUACAUACAUAUGCCUCCUAAUAUGAUUUCCUUUGAAUGCGCAUUUAUGCAUCUCGUAGUCUGAUGUAUGUAUGUAAAUAUAUGAUGCACAUUUGUGAGUAUAAGGGUUUCAUAAUCAAUACUGGAGAUAAGCCAACCACAUCGGCUACACAAGUGGGUCUAACAAAUGCGAGUGCAUAUACACAUAUUUGCCAUAAUGGACAACAUCUAUAGUUUAUGUGAGAGCAAAUAGGAUGUGUACAAACGCAUUAGAGUUAACAUGAAUUAUUAAGUUUAGAAAUUGACAACUAAAUAUUUAAGUAACGGUACAUAUAGACAUGCAUAUGUCAAAUGGCACAUUCAAAAGUGGCUCUUCACAAGUUGCAUCUUACAGAUAAUCACAAUCAUGUAGUAGGUUAUUUAUACAGUACUUAUGCAUGCGGUAACUAGAUGUACAUAUAUGUGGUAACUAUAUACAGUUAGAAAUAUGUAUUUCUUUUCAAGUGACUGUUCCAUUUCACACUUUGUAUGCCCGGCUCGUAGCUUGUGCCAAGUCUUUUCUUUAUUCCGUCUAAGAAAUAAAAUGAUUUUCUUUAUCAAACAAUUUCACAAAGGCAAAUGUAGUGAUUUGUCAUCUAAUGGUGCAUCUUGGGUGUAAAGUGGUAUAUAGUCCAUGGACACUGUUUCGAAAGUCGAAGGGCACAGUAUCUUCUUCAAAACAUAUUAAACCAAGUAACGCCAAAAUUUAAAAUACAGACUUUUGCAUCUUGAACUAACCAAAGUGCACAAUUGAAUUAUGAUGAGCAGGAAAUUAAUUUUAUAUAAGGAAGAUUAGGAAGGGCUUACUUGGGUGCAAUAAGUUAUCUUGUUUUAAUCCACCCAAGAUAGUGGGACAUACAGACGCAUUUCCAUCUUAAUAACGACAAAGUAUCUACACACCAUUAUAAUGGCCACCACAGUCAAUAUAGUCUAGAAUUUGUCAUCACAAGCGGGUCGGUGUUGAAUUCAAAGUAAACGGCUCUGGUUUUGCUUAUUUUCUCUACAUGGAUACUCCCUUCAAUAAAUACGACACAACUCUCAAAAUGACCACAUCAAAUAAUUUUAAUUUUAGACAGCUAUUUGCUGUGGAAGUACAAUGUGGAAAAAAGGGGAAAGAAAAGCUAGCAAUGCCUUACACUAUACUUACACGUAAGCAGAUGCUCGGCACAAGCUGCGGGCUUUCUCUCUCUCUCAUGCUCUGGUGCUACACAGUGAUUGUAAGAUAAAUUCUACUCCACGGUGGAGUAGUUGGUGCACAAGUUAAUGAAAAUCGAAUGCAAUAAGCCAGUGACCGAAAUUGCUACGUGUGGUGCACGUCUGUCAUUUGAAAAUGUGAUCGACAUUGGCAAACCCUUGCAUUAUCUUUGAGAAGAUCAAGACCAGAGCAUGGCAAAAAGAUCAAACCGCAACGUUCUGAUCUUCCCUGCUGCAAAACUGCAAAAGUCAUGUGUAAAACGGCAGAUGAAAAUUCGGACUAGCAGUCGAUAGAAGGGACUCUAGAAAUAUGAUUGGAAUGUUCAUUGGUCUAAGUUUGAUGGCGGCACAUGCCUACAGAAUAAGGCUGACAGAUCGAAAAGUAUGCAUGAAAUGCAAGAGCAAGACACCAGAGAGGCAAUGACUACAUGAGACUACAUGGCACUCUAUCAGGUAUCACCCAAACCAACCAGGACAAAAUAUAUAGGGCGAUAUUCCACAUUAACGAAGAAAUGUUGCAAAUUUCAAUAUCAAUAUAAAGCGUAAUCCAAUUAGAGGGUCGCACAGAAACAGCGAAACUUCAAACUUAAUGGGAAUUUUUAUUAUCAUUUGAAAGAACAUCCUUUGGCGCAUGCCGCGUCUACAUCGCAGAUGAUCCAGCCAUUGAGUCCAAUUUUCGAUGACUCGUUCGAGCAUUUUAACUGGUAACUUGCGAAUGACACGCGUGAUGUUUUGCUCUAAGGUCUAACGUCGGAUCUUCUUGGAAUUUUUCAAGAGCCCAUAGAGCGAAACGAUGUCGUUUGGGAACGCCGAUCGGCUUAGUUCUUGCAUUACCUGCGACCAUAACCAUAAGUUGAGCGAAGCGCGAGAAAAACAUUCUUUGCAGAACGUGGAUUUUAAAAUAAGCACUUGUACUUGGAUUAACCGUUAGUAUUAUGCUAGGCAAAACACUCAUAAUUUUGACUCUACCGCAUUGUUUAUAUCAGAAAAGCAUAAUAUGACGACUAAUGAUGUUUUGCGGAUAUUUGGCAAAGAGUGCAGUUGUCAAUCUGCAUUUAAAUAAUAAUUAAUCACUUUUGAAAUAUAAGUUCUUUGCAUGCUAAUUUUGAAAUAUGUAUAGUAUGAAACCAAGAGCAGUUGUGGUGACUAGUAACUCCCUCCAACAAGUUCUACUUUUACUAAACAUCUGAAUCGACUACUACAUUCAUAGACAUACAUACAGUACAUGUAUAUGGCGGAUAUGUUGACUGAAAGGGUCCUGUGCAUUCAGCUUUGAAAGUAUUCGAAGCGAUAGCAGAUGAAGUAAGGGAAUCAAAAUAUUUCUUCUACAUUCUAAAGAUAUUUAUAGAAGGAAUUUGGGACUUGUGCGGACCCGAAAGGAAUGCUUUUGGUGGGUAUUGCCAAAAGUUAAGAGAUUUCAGUUAUUAAAGAGUUAACACUGCGGUAAUAAAUGUAAAAAUGUUUUAAAGUUCACUUUAUUUUAAUUUAUAGCAUACCAAAUGGAAAUGAGUGAAAUAAAUAGGUUAUUAGAAAUUUCUCAUAUUUUUCCACAGUCUUUCGAAAGCUUUGGUUGAUGAUAUUAAAGAUGUAGAGUUUAAGUUUGAAAAUUUUCACCUUUCAAGAAAUAGUAUUACCAAUAGCUUGCUUCUAAGUUCAAAUACAGAUUGAGCUCACUUUGAAAUAUUGAAUUUUGUGCUCAAUAUACAUCAGAGACUAGCAGCUAUUAUCAAAAUAACUAACAGUGAAGCAGAAAACGAGAGAAAAUCCUACAAAUGGCUAAACAAAUUAUAUGAAAGCAAGUUUUGACAGGGCACUCGUGGUUUGGACUUCUACUUUAAGAGGGUAUUCUUGUCUAGGAUUUUGACAAAAUCGAUUUUUUUUUUGCAAAGUUUAGACUUUCAAAAAUAUGACCUUGGAAGGAUUUUUCAAAAUUCGACUUAUUUUCGGAGAUACAGCCGAUUUUGUGACGUGGCGUCCGUGUUCACUAGAAUUGUCUCCUAAACUUUAAACGCGUUUUUCUCAAAACUGACUUUUUCGGAACGAUACCCACGAUUUCUCAGGUUCUACUGGACCGAUUUACUUGAAAUUUUUAUAGAGUCUUGUUUAUAGGCUUGUCUAUGGUUGGAACUAGACACAUCCUCAAAUUUUUAUUUUUAUUGUUUUUAAAAAAUUCGAAAUAUUCAGAAAAAGUGAUCCAAAAAAACUUUUUUUUUCAGGCAGUCGCCAUUUUGUGAAAAAAAUUUUUCCCCACUUUUCCGUAGUUCCGGCCAUUGCGACAUUAUUCUAGAUUAAUAAUCUUUUUUUUUUUUGGUUUCAGAUAACUAGGAGGGUUGAAAUCAUGGGUAUGGUCACGUGGAAAUUUUUAGAGACCCCCCACUUCGUCAGCUCAUAAUUUUUGAAAUUUUUUACUUUUCUUAGUUUUUAAUUUUUUUCUUUACUCUUCUAAAAUUAACAAAUAACUAAUAAAAAAUGGUUGCUAAAGAUAUUAAUUGCCUUUUUUUUACGACAAUUAAAUUUAAAAAUUACCUGAAAUUCAUGCUUUUAGACCAGAAUACCCUCUUAAGUUUUCACCUCAAAAGAAAAUUAAGCUAAAAAGCAAUAAAGGCAAAAAGUUUGGCAAAGAUGCCAUAAUUACAUGCGCAACAUGAACGCCUCAAUCAAGGUCUUGCUUACCGUCGGUGACAUUUCAUAAACAAACGAAAAGUCAACAUUCUAAUCUGUACACAAUUUGACCACACAACUACAUAGAAAAGUUUUUAGAAUAAUAUUUCAUAUUUGCAAAGCGCUUUGACAUUGUUAGUGUAACAUUAGCUGUUAGGUUAAAGACGGGAAGGCGUUACGAAAACAGUUCAUGGUUGCCCGGCGGCGGUUUUAUAUUACUAGAUGUUCAGCUGAAAUCGAUUAAGCAUCAGUGUCAAUAAACUUCAUAAACAGUAAAUUAAUUGCAUUAUUAUCAUAUACUUACAAACGUGUUUGCAUUUAAUUACACACUCAUAUAGCCUAGUUAAAAAAAAAGAGACAAAACACCUACACACACACGCAUAACAUUUUAUUUCCUAUGAAAUAUUGCUUUGGUGUCUGCGCAAAGCGUUGGCAACCACGGCAACAAAAGCAAUAAACCUAUACAGCUACAUAAACCACACGUUUACACAUAUUAAUUGCAUAUUAAAUAUCAAUUAAAGAUUAAAAAUAUUCAUUGCGCACAAAACAAAAAUAUAAAUCAUAUUUUAACAAUGGCAGCGCGUCGUGAACGCAUGCCGCAGAACAAACGUUUUUAUUGGAAAGUAUUUUAAAUUUUUUCAAAACGCAUGCUUUCACAGAAUUCACGUUGACAGCUAAACUUAAGCGUAAACUGCAGCGUAAGCGCAAAAUAAAAUAACUUUAAUAUAAUAUUUGACGCUUUAUAUUUAUUGCGGAAAUUUUAAUUUUAAAAUAAUACAAGGUUUUAAAGCAAAAUACUCCGCAAAUAAAAUAUAAAUAUCUGCAAAAAAACAAUUUACAUGCACACAUACAUACAUAUAAGCGUAUGUGUAUAUACAUAUACAUAUACAUGUAUUUGUAGAAUUUGUUUUAUGCUCAUUACGGUAAACACAAGUGUAGAUAUGCGAGUAGUAAUCUGUGCGACAUAUCAUGAAUACGUUUUUUGGACAUUUGCGAGAUAGUUGUGUCAUUUGUGCUAUUAGGUGCAUUAUCGAUGGAACCUUUGCGUUAUUUCGUUUGGUGUAAUUCGGCAAAAACUUAAAAGCGCGUUUAAUUUAUGUAACAUAUCGAUGCAUAAGUAAGCCACAUACAUAUGUAUGUAUUUGUGUGCAGCAUACAAAUGAAAAAAGUGUGUAAAAAUUAUGGAUAAACCGAGCAGAAGCCAUUAUGUAAAAUGUAAGCCAUGGCUUUAUGUUCACUUUAGUGCAUUCAUUGUAUGUACGAGUAUGUUAUACAUAUUAAUUAGUCAUUAUAAACUUAUGUUAGCAACUUUUAUGCGCAAAAAAUAUAAUAAAUAUUAAUACUAAUAAGUGAAA